CUGGGAUCGAUUGGACUAUUGAGCUACUGUUGAUUAUUUGUAGCUACAAAUUCGGUUCUCCCUUGACUGUUAUUUUCUAAACACAGAAGCCUGUACAACACGCGAUCCGAACACUUCGUUAUUGUCGCAAUGGCAAUCACUGCUCAGUGCCACAAGCUCCUGGAGGCCGAAAUUCUUCAACGGUCCUCGCAAAUCGUCUCGGUUGUUGGUGACCAAGCAUACAUCUUCGGAGGAGAGCUGCGGCCGCGUGAACCUCGAGAUAAUGACUUGCACGCCGUUUCUUUGGCCAAUGCCACUGCCUCGAUAACUUCGCAGCCCCAAUCUACCCAAUCCCCCUCCGCUCGUGUCGGAACAGCAUCUGCCACUGUCAAUGGAAAAAUAUAUCUUUUCUCUGGCCGUGGGGGUGUCGCAAUGGCCCCGAUCGAAGAGCAAGGCGCGGUCUGGGAAUAUGACACUUCUACUUUGACCUGGAGUCUGAUCGAACCAUCAACAACCAAGUCGGCUGCAGUCCCAGCUGCUCGCAGCUAUCAUUGCAUGACCAGCAACGGAAAAGACACACUCUACAUUCAUGCAGGAUGUCCCGAAUCAGGACGACUAUCAGACUUGUGGGCGUUUAAUGUCCCACGCAAAGAAUGGACCGAACUUGCUCCAGCCUUUGAUCCACCUCGUGGUGGUACAUCUAUUACCUUUGCGAAUGGAAAACUAUACCGCAUGAAUGGCUUCGAUGGGAAGACUGAGCAGGGUGGAAACCUGGACAUUUAUACUCCGGAGACUAAUUCUUGGGAAACCCACGUCUAUACCCCCGAUGGAAAGCAAGGCCCUUCGCCGCGAAGUGUGAGCGCCUUAUUGGCAAUUUCUGUUAAUGACCGAUCCUACCUGAUUACCUUGUUCGGAGAGCGGGACCCCAGUUCAUUGGGUCACCAGGGCGCGGGAAAGAUGCUGGGUGAUGCCUGGGGCUUUGAUAUUGAGAAUAAGAAGUGGGAACAGGUAGACCUGCAGGGCAGUGAACUCCCACUGGCUAGGGGUUGGUUUGAUGCCGACGUUGCUGCUUCAAAUUCAAUCAUUGUUCAUGGUGGCCUGGGAGAGUCUAAUGAUAGGCUUGGGGAUGUCUGGAAGUUUGUGUUUGCCUAGACUUGGGCCGAGCGUACACCACAACGCACGGCAAUGGUAAAGUCGAUCCUGUUUACAACUCCCGUCUAGCUGAUAUACCCGGUGUGAAUCAGAUUGCCGAUAAAAUACAAGAGGGGAUCAUGUCAAAAGCAAGAUUUUCAAAUUGCACACUACUCCUACUCAGUUGUGAACAGAUUUCUAGAUACGAAUGCCAUUACCAUAAGCUAGCGGAGUUUUCUCACGCCCUUGCCGCUUUGCCAACGAAACAUGGAGGUUUUAACUAGUAAUGAAUAGACCAAGCCUGUUGAGACCUCCAUUCCCUCCAGACGUUGCUCGACUGUAUAGGCUCUGGACACCCCAUAGAUAACCCAGGACCAUUUCUUGAUGAAGAAUUCAGACUCUCCCCAGCCUGAGGGCAGCCACGGGUCAUCCCAUAUAACCAUCUCAGCGUUUCCAUCUGCCAGAUUCAUAUUUCUGUACAAAGAUCGCAGUCAUUGAAUAGAUACGCGACUCGAUCAAGUUGUGCCGGAUUUACAGAAAGAGAAAGCAAUCUAGUCAGGGAUGAAAAGGGAUAUCAAUCUGGACCGACAUGUUCGAGGCAACGAGGUUGCUUUGAAUUCCCUCAAAAAAGAACUAGAUAUCGGAAAAGGAAGAUAAUCUGUCCAGAGCUCGUUGUCCAGAAUGAAGCAGGUGGUCAUGGGCAAAACAACUCGGCAGGUGCAACAAAUGCCCCCUCUGUAUCCGUACGAACAUUGCGUACAGAAGACCUGCAAGGGCGACAGCAAUCACACUGAUGAGGGCUGGAUAUCUAAACUGAUCCGGACGCGAGAAGAUCAUGGUGGAGAUAUAGGAGCAGAUCUCAAAUAGGUUCUGCCACGCCGCUUCAGUCGAGGAGAAGGAGCCUCGUGCCUCUGCU